AAUCAUAUUGCAGAUUUUGCAAUCCAAUCUGAUUGAAUUUGAUUUUUGAAUCACUCAGUAUUCAAGGAUCUGUCGAUUCCAAAUCACGAAAGAAAUCUAUCUGCAGGUCUUUUGGGAAAAACAUCUUCACCUCCUUUGCAAAUUCUGCUCUCGCUCAAAUUCUCGGCACUUGGUAGGAGCACGAAACCAAAGCUUCUUUUCUGGAGGAGCUGAAGUGGAUUAUUCAUUUUUUGGAUGUUCUGAAAUGAUCUGUAUCUCUUCGAUUCGAGGUCAGAAAUCUCGCCGAGCUGCUGUUGUUUGGAAGAGGAGAUUUUCACCUCAGGAGGUGAAACCGGAAAAUUAUUGAGUCGAGCAGAAUUUGUUGCCAGGGUUUUUAUUUGUCGUUCCAUUGAUGGAAUUGCUUGGGAAUAAUUCAAUUCAAGGCGAGGAAAUCUAGGGUUUGACCCUUGGGAGGUAAAAAAGGAAAAGAAAAAGAGUUGCUCACUUUGAUGAUCGUUGUAAGGUUAAUCUAGGGUUUCCUCGAAACAAAUUGGGGGUUUUGGUAGAAAUUAAUUUUGAGGAAAAUUAAGACUGUGGACGGCAUGGCAGUGGCCUGGAAUCUGAUGGCUUGGGUAGCUGGAAUGAUAUGGAUUGGAUUCACUAGUUGGGUUGUUUCUUGCUUGACCAUUGCUGAUGAAAUUGCAUCCUCGCUAAGAACAGGAGACAUUGGUCCUUUCCCAAUCGGGUGAUUGCAAUACUUGUAUGUAGAUAGAUAGAUAGAUACAUAUGUAUGUAUAUACACUGCAUUAUAUUGCUCCGUUUCUCUUUGAUAUUUUGUAAAUUUUGGUUAACUUUCU